CCCGUCCCCGACGGCAAACACCCAUGCGGCUGGAUCAACUGUUCCCUCUCCUUCGGCAGCCAUGAAGCCCUCACAAACCACAUCGCCUCGGUGCACAUCGGCGGUGGAAAAUCCUCCUACACCUGCGGCUGGGUCGGAUGCGAUCGUGCGGCCGAGGGCAAAGAAUUCGCACAACGCCAAAAGAUUCUGCGACACGUACAGACGCACACGGGGCAUCGCCCCUUCAAGUGCGAGACGUGCGGCAAACGUUUCUCCGAAGCCAACACGUUGAGUCAGCAUGUCCGCACCCACACGCGCGAAAAGCCCUACGCAUGCGACUACCCAGGCUGUACAGCCCGCUUCGCCGUAGCUGGCUCCCUUACGAUCCACAAACGCUCCCGUCAUACCAAUGAGCGACCCUUUGUGUGCGAAUGGCCCGGGUGUGGGAAAAGGUUUGCUGAGAGUUCCAACUUGACGAAGCAUAGGAGGACUCAUAAUGGUGAGAAACCCUUUGUGUGCCAGGAGUGUAAGAGGGCUUUUUCGAGGCCUGAUCAGUUGCAGAGGCAUAGGAAGGUGCACGAGGGGAGU